CAAUCCACAAUUUCACAAGCGGAUAUUCAAUCAUCUUUGAUUUCCCAGGAUAGCAGUUUGGUUGAAAUAGACCAAGAUGAACCUUUUGAUCCUGAAAUGCGCAAGACUUGUGAACAAAAGGUGGCUGCAGUAAAACAUAUGGCUACCCAUCUAGAACAAGAACUUUUAGCAAAUAACUUAAACCAUGUUAUGCAG